UGUCUGUCUGUUGUCUGACUGGAGCUGUGUGUUAUAUGCCCGCUCCGCUGUCAAUACCACACCACUAACCCAAAUAUUAAUGCAAUGCAAUGGGAAUAUAGCGAUCAUGGCUAAGAAUCUAAUUUUGUUAAUUAUUCUCGUCCUGGUUUGCAUAUUCGGAACUUAUGAUGCUUUGUGGUGUAACUGCACCACAGCCCAGUGUGAGAAGACUGGCUCCCGGUGUGAGACAGACGGGGCCUGCAUGGCCUCCACGUCCUUCAUCAAUGGGCUGGAGCAGCACAUCCGUAUCUGCAUCACCCGGGACAAACUGGUGCCCCCGGGCCAGCCCUUCUACUGCCUGAGCGCUGAGGGCCUCCUCUACACACACUGCUGCUACACUAACUACUGCAACAGCCUCGACCUCAAAGUAACCUCUGUGACGUCUCGGCCAGGCCUGGGGGGCGUCUUUGGCCUUGAUGGUAAAUGGGGUCCAGUGGAGCUGGUAGCAGUGGUCGCAGGGCCCGUCUGCCUGCUGUGUGUGCUGCUAAUCAUGGGUGUGUUCCUGUUCCAGUACCACCAGCGGGCCUACAGCCACAGGCAGAGGCUGGAGGUGGAGGAACCCUCCUGUGACCACCUCUACAUGGCCAAGGACAAGACCCUGCAGGACCUCAUCUACGACAUGUCCACCUCUGGAUCAGGCUCCGGCCUCCCUCUGUUUGUCCAGCGAACAGUGGCCAGGACCAUUGUGCUGCAGGAGAUUAUAGGGAAAGGGCGUUUCGGGGAAGUGUGGCGCGGCCGCUGGAGAGGAGGAGACGUGGCAGUGAAGAUCUUUUCGUCCAGAGAGGAACGCUCCUGGUUCCGCGAGGCCGAGAUCUACCAGACCAUCAUGCUGCGCCACGAAAAUAUCCUGGGAUUCAUCGCCGCCGACAACAAAGAUAAUGGCACAUGGACCCAGCUGUGGCUGGUGUCAGACUACCACGAGUACGGCUCUCUGUUUGACUACCUGAACCGCUACUCCAUCACCAUCGAGGGAAUGAUCAAACUGGCACUGUCUGCUGCCAGCGGCCUGGCACACCUGCACAUGGAGAUCCUGGGCACACAGGGUAAGCCUGGUAUUGCCCACCGGGACCUCAAGUCUAAGAACAUCCUGGUGAAGAAAAACAGUACCUGUGCCAUUGCUGACCUGGGGCUGGCCGUGCGCCACGAGUCCACCACCGACACCAUAGACAUCGCCCCCAACCAGAGAGUGGGCACAAAGAGGUACAUGGCCCCUGAGGUUCUGGAUGAGAGCAUCAACAUGAGGCAUUUUGAUUCGUUUAAGUGUGCAGACAUCUACGCUCUGGGCCUGGUGUACUGGGAGAUCGCACGCCGCUGCAACGCUGGAGGUAUCCAUGAGGAGUACCAGCUACCGUACUUUGACCUGGUGCCCUCUGACCCCUCCAUAGAGGAGAUGAGGAAGCUGGUGUGUGACCAGAAGCUACGGCCCAACGUGCCCAACUGGUGGCAGAGCUACGAGACCCUGCGUGUGAUGGGGAAGAUCAUGAGGGAGUGUUGGUAUGCCAACGGAGCUGCCCGCCUCACCUCCCUGCGCAUCAAGAAGACCCUGUCCCAGCUGAGUGUCCAGGAGGACAUCAAAGUCUGAGAGGGCCCUAUCCCAAAGAACUGAGGAGAGCACUGGGGACUCUGUCCUGCACUAAAGAAUACUGAGAGAGAUAGAUAGAGGGACAGGGUCUUUUCAAAGAACUCACAAGCUAACGAAAGAAAAUGUAAACAAACAAAAAAACAUUACAUAACUCUCCUGACAGUUUUUGUUUUUAAAGCCACCACCGCCUGAGUUGUGACAAACCCUACCUCGUCUAUUCAGCCAAAACUACUGACAACCCCUGUCCUUCCCUUGCCCCCAACCUAUCCCACCAUUCUGACCUCCAAACCUGUCCCUGCAGCCCCCCUUCUCCGUUCUGUUCCUACUAAAAUGGCUGACUGCAAUUACUGAUAUUACUACUACUACUACCGAUUAUUUCCAUGUUAAUCUCAAUGGCAGGAUAUACACUGAGUGUACAAAACCAUUAAGAACACCUUCCUAAUAUUGGGGAGGAACACCCCCCCACCUCUUGCCCUCAGAACAGCCUCAAUUCAUGUUGACUCCAAUGCUUCCCACAACUGUGUCAAGUUGGCUGGAUGUCCUUUGGGUGGUUGACCAAUAUUGAUACACACGGGAUAAACCCAGCAGCGUUGCAGUUCAUGACACACUCAAACCGGUGCGCCUGGCACCUACUACCAUACGCUAUUCAAAGGCUAUUCAAAAGCCUUUGUCUUGCCCAUUCACCCUUUGAAUGGCACACAUACAAUCCAUGGCUCAAGGCUUAAAAAUCCUUCUUUAACCUGUUUCCUCCCCUUCAUCUACACUAAUUGAAGUGACAUCAAUAAGGGAUCAUAACUUUCCCCUGGAUUCAGCUGGUCAGUCUCUCAUGGAAAGACAAUGUUUUGUGCACUCAGUGUAUACUGUAUACAACUGUAGUUAGUAAGAGGAUGUGUGUAAUUUAAUUUUAUACAAUAUUUUUUAUUCAAUUCACAAGUACCUAUGUAUUUGUUUGCCUUUAUACUGUAUUGAUGCCAUGUUAAAUCACUGUUGGCAGAGGUCUGUUAUUCAAAUGUUUUAUUUUGUCAGGGAGUGUGUGUGUGUAUAUAUAGGGGGAAGAUGAGGUCCGUCUUUGAAUACUGUAUACUAAUCUCUCCGUUGUACGUACAUACACACUGAGAAGUUGAUUUUAAAAUCCAUAAAGACCAAGUCUUCCUCAUUUAUGUGGGCAUGUUAUGUAUCAUUUAUGGGAGCAGUGGUCUGUGAGUCACAGAGAUCAGGUUACCAGUACAUAGGUUUACAGCAACUAUGUUUCCCAUUACAACAACCAAUGUUGUGUUUUGUAACUCCUAUUGCCUACUUAGGCAGGAAUGGUCGUUACAAACACCUGGCUCUAUGGUUUUUCAUGACGACGGACUGUAUAGCCAUUUUUUUUGGUGUGUGCGCACAUACACACUAAUGGUGGGUAGCUGUUAUGAAUUAUAUUUUAUUUCCUCACAAUAUCUCCAUGUACGUUUCUCCUCAGGUUAUAUUCUCCCGGGCCAAGCUUAACCACACUCUCACCUUAUGGUUAGUGUGGUUAUCUGUAUAGAUUACCCUUUUUGAUUUGAGUUUCCAUUGAUAUUUGAAUAAUGUUUUAGAUUCAUUUGCAACAGUUUAACACUGGUAACUGUUCUUGGAUGGCAGACAACGGGAGGGGCUUAUUUGUGCUGUCAAUCAUCCACUGAUUAACCAAUGGAAUAUCUCCUACUGUAUUGUACACUGUCAUUGAAAGCGCAUACGGAGUCCCUCCAAUUUGAUGUCUCACAUUACUAUAGAGCAGUAUUUGAUUUUGAGUCAAUAUUCCACUCCAUAUUCUUAAAUUCUACUCCACCUAUUUUAUGUCCUUGAUAUGCAAAUUGUAAAUAGUUUGUAUAAUGAUUUAUUUCAUGUCAAAUCAUAUCACCAAAUGUUUUCAGGAAAACUAUGUACUGUUAAAAUUUUUGCUUUUUGUUUUGUUGACCACUAUCUCAAAAAGGUACUGCGGACCUAAAGCCUCUUUCCUUGUGUUCUUAAUCCUGCCAGUUUGCUGUGAGUUCCUAGAAAAGGCUCUGCAGGGCCCAUGUGUGCACUACUAACUCCACAACCGUUCUAGUUCAACACCCCUCACUGUUUUACUGCAGAUUAUACCAGUGAAAGCAGAGGGUGUUUAAUAUGUUCAGUAAGCAUUUUAAUCACAGUUCCUCAUUUAGUGAUAGGUAAAUACCUUUCCCAGAUUUCACAUUUUCAGAAAGCUAAGUAAGAGUGAGGAUUCACCAGACCCUCUGUAAAGGGUGCUUAUUCAGUAUGGCUAUAGCACAUACAGACAGGGGUUGAACCGUUGAAGAAAGAAAUACUACUGAUACUUAUCACUGCUGUUCCACAGGAAAUACUGUAUUUAUUUGAUUUGUGUUAGUUUAUGACCAUGUCACACUCACCUGUAUCUUUUUUUUUUUUAUGUAUAUAUAUAUAUAUAGUUCUUGGGAGAUGUCCAAGAGGACACGGCCUGUGUACAUGUUCUUCCUGAAGUUUAUGGCUGUGAGUGGGAGGCAGGACCUGGGUGUUUGUCUGCAUACUGUUAGGCGGAUGUGUGGUGAGAUUGUCUGUCUUUGGUCAGGGAGUGAUCCUAUGCAAAUGUCAUGGUUGGGAUGUGUCUAUGGCCUUGUUUUGAGCACACACUGUUAUUAAGGGGUGGUAUGAUAUGCUGUUGUAUUGCACUGUGUUAUGAACACCCAGACAUCUGGACAGAAAUCAAGCUUUUAAAACCAUGAACCUUUUCAGGACUUGUUUCCAAUCAUGUAUAUAGCAUAGAGUAAUAAUACAACUGUUUUCCUAA